ACACACCUGGCAACCCGGGAUCCCAUCUGUCACACAUUUUGUCAUUGGUCAGGACAUCAAUUCACGUUACUAAGUUAAUUGUACGCAAGGUCGUUCGCAAAGCUGCACCCCAACACCGGAAGAUAUGGGGUCGGGAGAGAGUACGAACAGAAAAGUGUCUUUCGGUGUCGAUGAUGAGGACCGAGUCAGGAUUCUACGUGGAGUCAAGCUGUCUGAAGAUGUUCUCCAGAGGAUGAGAGGAGUGGCAAACAUUGCUCCAGAACGCACAUCCUCGCCAGCCUCGAGCCCCCAGAAAGACACAGGUGCCCCACGCAGUAACACCUCCGGCCCCCCACCCCAGCAGGGCCCCCAGCCCCAACCCGGGACCCAGUCCGGCCCUAGCAAACCAGCCUCCUACGCUAAGGAAGAACAGAAGAAGUAUGAACGCCAGCAGACCAUCCUGAAGGAGGAAUGGGCCAGAGCGGCACAAAGGGAGAGGGAGGCGGCUAGGAAGGAGAUGACUAACGCCAUGACCUGGGAGAGACAACAAAAACGUCAGGAAGCCGAGAACGCCAAACAACUGGCCGAGCAGCUACAGAAGAAAGAUCUACGGCUGAAAGCAUUGGAAGCCUUCUACAAGGAGCAGCUGGCACAGCUGGAGAAGAAGAAUUUGGAGCGAUACGAACAGAGCAAGGACGAAUUCCACCGAGCGGCCUCCAAGACGGAAACGAGCGUGAGGUCUCGCAGCACCGACCCGGUGUGCCUGGGCCUGCAGGCUCAGAUCUUAUCCUGCUACAGGGACAACCGAGACCAGACUCUCAGGUGUUCGGACCUGGCCAAAGAAUACAUGCGGUGUAUCGACGCCGCAAAGAAGAACCUGCUGGUCAACCACGGAUGAAGAGUGGAAGGAGAAGGCCAGAGCAGUUAUCUGAGGCUUUUACUUUGGCACCACGGGCGGCACUUGCCACCUUCCUGUUUUGAAUUACGAGAGAGCGGAUUUGCUUUCGGCAUGGCUUGUUUUACAAACAUUCUCAUCAUGGUAUUUAUCUGCGGUAUCAUCCGGUGACGGAUGCGCCGUUGUUCUGCACUGCUACAUUUUACAGGGAAGCUUUUGAAGGAGUGACGCGUAUGCUCAUUAGAUUUGUGGUGCGCUUUUAUUUUACUCCUUCAGGAGUAAGUAUUUAUAGGGUUUGUGUUUGUUUUUGAGCGUCAUGGUUUUUGUAUUUUCUGAAGAAGGCAGGAGUAAAAGCUCAGGUCAUCCCGGCCGUGGCUUAAAUGCAUCACACCUGUAAUGUAUGAUUUCAUUAAAUCAUUCAUAUCCUGCGACAA